UAAAGUGGGGUGAACAUUUUUCCUCUGCUGUCAUUUUUCCACCGGACUAGGGUGCUGGGGCAUCGCAGAGCCAGUCAAUCCUUGCAGGUCUUCUUCUGUGCUCUACUUAGACUAGUCUCCUAUAGAUUGCAGCCUCACUUUUUUCUUUUUCACUUCUCUAAUCUCAGUGAUGUGAGCAACGAGAACACAAUCUCAUACCAAGAAUAAUUUAUUAUUCUCGAGCACAAGAAAUCUUAUUAGUAUUCAUCUUGAUCUUUUAACACCAUGUAUAUUCCCAAGAUUUUGUUCUUAUCCCUCUUCCAAUUGAUCCUUCUUCAUCUUCACCUUCUUCUUCCUCCGGCCGCCGCCGACCCUCUCUACCAGAUAUGCGGCAGCACCGGCAACUACACGGCGAACAGCACGUACCAGUCCAACCUCAACCUCAUCCUCUCGUCCCUCGCCGCCAACGCCUCCGGCGGCGGCGCCGGGUUCUCCGAAGGCACCACCGGCCAGACCCCCAACCAGGUCUCCGGCCUCGCCCUCUGCCGCGGCGACGUCAACGCCUCAGCCUGCGGUUCCUGCCUCCGCUCCGGCACCUCCGACGUCCUCAACAUCUGCCCCUACGACAGGGGCGCCGUCAUCUGGUAUGAUGAGUGCCUCAUCCGCUACUCUAACCAGCACUUCCUCUCCUCCACGGACAACUCGCAGCAAGUGUACAUGUGGAACACCCAAAAUAUCACCUAUAAACCCAAUGUGUUCGACGAAAUGGUCACAUGGUUUAUCAAUACGACAGCCCACCAGGCGGUAUACAAUAUGACGAGGAGGUUCGCGACAGCGGAGGCAAACUACACGGCUCAUAUAUCAUUAUACGGGUUGGUGCAGUGUGUACCGGAUUUCACGCCAGCAGACUGUUGGCAAUGUCUGCAAGGGCUGAUUGGUGAGAUGCCCAAGUGGUUCAACGGCAAACAGGGCGGGCGAAUUCUCGGAGUGUGGUGCAAUCUUCGGUACGAAGUGUAUUCAUUCUUUGCUGGGGCACCCUCGCUAAGGCUUGUUCUUCCGGCAGUAAGUGCGCCAGCGCCUGCUCCUGUUGUACAUACCCCAGUAUUUGUUCCGGCUAGGGAAGAAG